AUGAGGAAUUGGAAUGUGGAUUUGACAUCGUGUGGUGAAUUCUUGGACAUAUUAAGGAAAGUCCCUACGGGCUACACUCUGAAGUGUGGAUUAAAGUUAAAUCACUUGCUAUUCAUGGAUGAUCUUAAGAUCUAUGGGAAGAAUGAACGUGAAAUCAAUGGAUUGGUCUCUACUGUAGAAAUAUUUUCAAAUAACAUAGGAAUGGAAUUUGGGGCCAAGAAGUGUGGCACACUUAUUUUAAAGCGAGGAAAGGUGGUGAAAACAGAUGGUUUAGAAUUGCCUAGUGGUAACAAAAUUAAGGAAGUUGAGGAUGAAGUCUAUAAAUACCUUGGAAUCACAGAAUUCGACAAAAUAAAGGAUAGUGAGGUGAGAGAAAGUUUCAGGAAAGAAUACCUACGUAGAGCAAAAGCUAUUAUGAAAAGUAGACUACAUGGAAGGAAUAAAAUCAUGGCGAUGAACACAUGGGCAGUGUCAUUAAUGAGAUACGGGGCAGGUAUCAUUAAAUGGAAUGUUGCCGAGCUUGAUGAGAUGGACCGCAAGACUCGAAAAAUUAUGACUAUGAAUAAGGAGUUUCACCCCAAGAGUGACGUUGAUCGGUUAUACGUAACGCGAAGUAAAGGUGGCAGAGGGCUGAUAGGUUGCAAGAGCUGUGUUGUUACAGAAGAAAACAGUCUUGGUUGGUACGUACGAAACCAUGAUGAACCAUUACUCGUCGCAGUUAAGGGUAGCAACACAAUCCCACUUUGCCAAGAGUCAAUGAAACCAAACGAGUUUAAAAAACUCAAGCAAGAAGAAAGGAUUAACACCUGGAAAGACAAAGCGAUGCAUGGUCAAUACCUCAGAGAAAUGGAGGGCAAAGACAAAGUUAACACCUGGAGAUGGCUACAGAAAAGUGACUUGAAAGGCUGUACUGAAGCAUUGAUUUGCAAUGCACAAGAACAGGCUCUCCGAACAAAUUACACCAAAUUUAAAAUUGAUAAAACCAUUGACUCCCCAUUUUGUAGAAUGUGUGGCAAUAAAAAUGAAACAGUUACACAUAUUAUAAGUGAAUGCAGUAUGUUGGCGCAGAGGGAAUACAAGCGGAGGCAUGAUAAUGUUGCCAAGUAUGUACAUUGGCGCCUCUGUGAAAAAUAUGAACUGGACAAAGCCAACAAAUGGUAUGAUCGUAAGCCGGAUGGGGUAAUUGAGAAUACUAAUUAUAAGAUCUUGUGGGAUGUCAUGAUUCAGUGUGACAGGGAGAUUGAGGCCCGCCGACCGGACAUCGUUGUAGUGGACAAGCAAAAAAGAGAGGUUAAAAUCAUAGAUAUUGCAAUACCUGGAGAUGUCAGAGUAUGCGAGAAAGAGAUAGAAAAGAUUGAUAAGUACAAACCAUUGAAGGAUGAGAUUGCACGUCUGUGGCAACUGCAGAAAGUGACUGUAAUUCCGGUUGUCGUUGGAGCACUGGGAGCGAUAACAAAUCGGCUUGGGAAAUUUAUGCAGGAGAUUGGGAUAGAAAUUUGUAUCGAGCAUGUACAGAAAACAGCGCUACUUGGGACAGCAAGAGUAUUAAGAUUGGUACUUGGUUCCUAA